AUGGACUCCAAAGAGAUCCUAGCAGUCCACUCAACACUGCAUCUGAUCUUUCAUCGAAAUAAGAACCAGCAUCGCCGAGCAAAAUGGUGGAAAUGGCUAUCCAUCUUGAAGCGCGCCACCUUGGAUCUCGCCCGAUCGGGGGUAAAAUCCCAUCUGGCUACCCACAUAAUCCCUAGAUGUUACAUUGCAUUUUCAACUGUCGUUGCCGAUAAUCAGUUCUCUACUCUUGGAAUUGUGCUUCUAGCUACCUUGGCCCGACUAUCCAAAAUCACCGGGAUCAGUCAUCAGCUGAAGAUCCAACCAGUGGCAAGCAAGUCUAAACCUACUUCUGUUGUCGCUAAGGAGGAUCUUGGGGAACGCAUUCGUCGCAUUGAUGAUGCGCCACUCACUCGCCCGGUCAAGGUUUUACAGUCUGAUUCCAAGGUCGCCUCCAAGGUCUCCAAGGUCUCCAAGGUCUCCAAGGUCUCCAAGGUCUCCAAGGUCUCCAAGAUCUCCAAGACCUCCGAGGAGAAAAAGCCUACAGAAAAGCCUACAGAAAAGCCUACAGAAAAGUCUACAGAAAAGUCUACAGAAAAGCCUACAGAGGACGGCGUUUCAAAAGUUACGAAAAAGAAAAAGAAGAAGAACGCUAUUGAUGAUUUGUUCAGUGGUUUAUUUUGA